AAUCCGGCUGCACUUUGACAGGAAGUAGCUGUUGGUUACGUGCAAGGUGUGAUUGUCGGCAUCUUGGCGCAUUUACAGCAACUCUGGAGACGGCGUUUGUGACAGUUGGUCUUUUCCUGAUACAGCGCGGCUGGGAAUACACGCUGAUACUCCGAGAAAAGCCGAAGAAGUGGAAGAGGAGGCCCAGCUGCAUCGAGACCUUUCUGGGACUGGCACAGCUUUCCUCCGCCAUGGAAUAAUUUUCGGAAAGUUUCUGCCACAACACGCCUGCCACAGUCCAUUUUUUGCAUCUUAUAAGGAGAGCUACACCUUGGCAUAGUGGGACAGUCAUGAUGUUGAGCAUUGAAGGUUAGCUGCAGAUGUUUAGCUCAUGACAGAAAGCCAUGAAGGAGCUAGGGAAGUGACCUAGGUGGACACUACAGCCUGAGGGUGCCACUCACUGGCACCAUGGCAUCCAAGGAAAGACUGUAUGAGGUCUGGAUGCUCUAUUGCACUAAGAGGGAUCCAGACUACUUGAAGUUAUGGCUGGAGAUUUUCAUCAGCUCCUAUGAGCGAUGCCUGGAUGUGGACUUUGAAAAGCCACCUUCAAGGCCAGAGGAGAUUCCCCCAGUGUUGACUCUCCUCCCAGACAACAUCCUACAGGUUUUGCGCCACCAGCUGCUGCAGUGCGUCCAGAAAGCCUCUGACGGGCUGGAGCCUGAGCAACAAAACCUGGCUCUCCUGCUGCUCAAGUUCCUUAUUAUCAUCUGCAGGAACCUGUCCAAUGUGGAGGAGAUUGGUACUUGCUCAUACAUCAAUCACAUCAUCACCAUGACAACACUCUACAUUCAGCAGCUGAAGAGCAAGACCAAAGAGAAGGAGAUGGCAGACCAGAGCCAGGCAGAGGAGUUUGUCCGUCAUGCACUGGCUUUCUGCGAGAGCCUCUAUGACCCUUAUCGCAACUGGCGGCAUCGAACCUGCGGGGAGCAGCUGGGUACAGUAGAGAGGAGCAGACAGAAGUACAAGGCAGCUCCACUCACUGUUGAGUUUGUUCCUUUCUUUUAUCAGUGCUUCCAGGAAAGUGAGCACCUGAAGGAGAGUCUGAAAUGCUGCCUGCUGCACCUGUUUGGCGCCAUAGUUGCUGGUGAUCAGAGGAAUGCUCUGCUUGCCAUCUCUCCAGCCACCAUGGAGGUGUUGAUGCGGGUGCUAGCCGACUGCUCCAUGGGUAGCUGCUCCUCAGAUGAGGGCGAGGACUGGGACAGCGAGGCCCCCGACCGUAAGGCACUGCUGACUCUGGGCUGCCUGCGGGAGGUGGUGCAGCGCCUCCUGGCCUCAAGUUCUGACCAGCGGCAAGUGGAGAUUGCCUCUGUGCUGGAAAACUACUUUAAGCUACUCAACUCGGACCCGGCGGCUAUCGUUGCUGCCAAACAGCAGCAGCAGCAGCAAGCCAAGGGCCGAGUGCCGAUACUAGGCCGACACUGGGAGAGCCGAUUUGUGGCGCUGCAAGUACACAUGCUUGACACUAUCAGGGACAUGUUCCUGUGUUCAGACAGGCCAGUUCUACAAGCCAUCUUCCUCAAUAGUAACUGCUUUGAGCAUCUGACGCGACUGCUUCAGAACAGCAAGCUGGUUAAUGUUAGGUGCACGGCGGCAGACAAGGACCAGAAAGAUAUAACCAACAACAUGUUACUGACAGGAGAGGGGGACACUCAGGUGUGUCAAGGGCGACUAGACUCCCUCGCUGUAGCAACCAUCAAAGCCCUGACAACAGUGAUGCACAAAUCUCCAGCUGCAAAGGAGGUGUUCAAGGAGAGGAUUGGUUACAAUCAACUGUACGAAAUUCUCACCUCACUUGGCCAGCCGUCACGACACCUCCUCAAAGAGCUGAUGAACAUGGCGGUGGAGGGUGAGCACACCUCAGUGGGGCUCCUGGGCAUCAGUAACGUGGAACCCUUGCUGCUGCUGGUCCAGUGGCUCCCAGAGCUGGACUCAUCUGAGCAACAGCUUUUCACGGCCGACUGGCUCCGUCGCCUCAGUUGCCUCAACCGUCAGACCCGCGCCACCUGUGUCAACGCCGCCAUGGUCAUGCGCGCCCUCGCCGCACUGGAGCGCCACCAACGGCUACACCGAGCAUGCGCCGAGAGUCUUUUCGGGCUGGUAGGCUCAUUGGGCUCCCAGUCCUUGAGCGCGAGGGAACUCUUGGGACUCUUCCGCCUCCUCAGGCCUCCAGAGUCCAUUCAAGCACACCCCUAUGUAGGUCCUGCCCUGAGAGCCCUCCUGGCCAUGGUACGGAAACAGGGUUUGGAAAGUGCCAUGCAGUACUUUGACUUGUCACCCAGCAUGGCGGGCAUUGUAGUCCCAACGGUGCAGCGCUGGCCAGGCUCUGCCUUUAGCUUUCUGGCGUGGUUGUCGCUAGAUCAGGACCAGCUGGGCCCAUCUAGCAAGGACAAAAGAAAGCAGCUCUACAGCUUUUUCACGCCGGGAGGGACGGGGUUUGAGGCCUUCAUCAGCUCGGCGGGUGUGUUGGUGGUGGCUGUGUGCACGAAGAAGGAGUAUGUCACAGUCAUGCUACCUGACUACUGCUUCUGUGAUUCACUCUGGCACAGCAUCGGUGUAGUGCACGUACCAGGAAAGAGGCCAUUUGGACAGAGUCUCGUGUACAUUUAUGUGGACGGACAGCAGAAACUGUCUGCCCCCCUCAAGUACCCCACUAUGACAGAGCCAUUCACCUCCUGUUGCAUCGGCUCAGCAGGCCACCGGACCACUACUCCCCCGCCCUCCCAGAUCCCAGAUCCUCCCUUCUCCGCUGCCACCACGCCCACCACUCGCUCUUCGCUGGGUGGCAUCCUGUCUCCUCAGACCUGGGGGGGCCUGCUCGGGGGGAAGUCCGAGUCUGUGACUAAGCUCAUCUCUGCAGGGACCCAGGACAGCGAGUGGGGAAGUCCUACCUCCUUGCAGGGCCAGCUGGGUGGGGUCAUGGUCUUCCACGAACCCCUGCAGCCCAACCACGUAAAAGCCAUCUGCAGUGCUGGUCCGAACUGCAUCUCUCCACUGAAGACCCAGGAAUCAGAACUUGGCGACCUUUCAUCCAAAUUGCUGCUGCACUACUCACCCAAGGCUUGUAGGAACCCCAUAUGUCUCGAUCUGUCCCCAAACUUGCUACAUGGACGCCUGACUGGGAAUAAGGUCGUCAACUGGGAUAUCAAGGACAUGAUCAAUUGUGUGGGCGGCCUGUCAGUGCUCUUCCCCAUACUGGAGCAGCUGGCCCUGGUGACCCCUGAUCAACAGGCCAGUGAUCCGGCAACUGGCUCGGAUUUCAUCACCCCGGAUGUGACCACACCAGCUGAUGGAGACUGGGUCAUUCUCCCAUCCAACAGGGCUUCAGAGGCACGCCUGGAGAAAAAUCUGGUGGCCACCUUCCUGCUAGUGCUGAAGCAUUUUCUGCAGAGACACCCAAUCAACCAAGAGAAUCUGCUCCACUCACAUGGUGUUGGUACACUGGGAUCCCUGCUGCAGAAGCUUCCAGCAGGUCACGUGGAUGUCAGUGUGCUGGUUGCUGUGCAGCUUCUGAUAGAGCAGGUGACGUAUGAGAAGAACCAGGCUCUGCUGCAGCAGCUUCACACACACCUGCUGUUCAGCUUCAACAUCUGGAACAAAGGAGACUUCCCUCUACGCAUAGGUCAUAUCCAGUACAUGUCCACCGUCAUCAAAGAUAACAGGAAGCAGUUCCGAAAAAAAUAUGGGGUUCAGUUCCUUCUGGACACCAUACGCCUUUAUUACGGGAAGAACACUAAUAAAGAGAGCGACCUCAGCGAGGAUGACGUUCGGACCAUCCGGGCGUCUCUCUGUGGACUCGUCAAGUACUACAUCAGCAAGGGCAUGUCACAGGAGGAGAUGCACAGCGUUCUGGGAUACAUUGCUGCCAUCGGAGAUGAGGAUCAGUUGUGUAGCCUGCUCGAGUUGUUACUCAGUCUUCUUCAGAGCAGUCCGGCCAGGGACCAGCUCUUCCUUCUCCUCUUUGAGCCUGGGGCAGCUGAUUCCUGCUAUGCUCUCCUGCUCAAUAACAAGCACUCAGACCGACUCCGGGAGCUUGUCUUCAAGUUAUUUGAGCGUAUGUUGCGCUGUGACCGCGUCUAUGAGAAGAAUAAGCAGCGUUUGCGGCUGAGGGAGGCAGGCUACGCUGGUCUGUCGCUGCUGUUCUCCGAACUUCACAUCACUCCCACCCUGAUCCGCUGUCUCCUCAACCAAGUUCUCCACACAGAUCAUGUAGUGAACUACAAGGACCUGAUGUCUCUGGUCCAGCUCACCCAUCGUGCCGGCCCCGGCGUGCGCCUCAUUGUCUGCAAGAGGGUGUACCAGCUGCUGCAAUCCCAGCAGGAUGCUGCUGUCCAGAUUUCAAGGCAGCAGUGUUGGCAGGACACCCUAAUGCGGCUGUACCUGCGGGGCGAAGGAUCCCUGCCACUGCGGCCCGCCGACACCAUCAGCACCUGCAGCCUGGACCUGAGCCGGCCCACUGGCAGCAGCACCAACCGCUUAGAGCUGCCGCUGGAGAGGAGGGCACGGGCAGGCAGCACUAACCGCCUGGACCGGCUGGAGGAUGACCGACUCAGCGUCGGUGAUACCCGCUCUGUGGACAGCCUGGAGAACGGCGAUGUCAUCUCGCUGCUGGACACGCCGUCGUCCUCUGCCUCCGCCGAGCCGCAGCUACACACCAAGCCCUGGGUGGUGGGGAAAUCCGGGGGCUUGACGCUGGAUCUGUCCCAUCUGCAGGCCUAUGAGGGUGGGGAGAGCGGAAGUCAAACUCCCGGCAGUGUUCCCAGCACACCGUCACCAAUAGAGACCUCUAAAACCUUUCCAGGGAGCUCUGGGGAUCGAGAGGCAUCUUCCUCUCUGACUGAAGACAGCUUUCUCUUCAGCGAUAACAUCUCACUAGGGGAGUCUUUCAGCAACGCUGAGCGGGCGGAGGAGGAGCUGUGCAGCAUGCUGCUUGAGAUUGUGCUGUGCGUGAUGUGGCGCGGCGUAGAGGGAUCAGAUGAUUCUGCUUGGCUGGAGCGUGGCCAGGUCUUCUCAGCUCUCACCAAACUGGGAACCGCCAAUGAGUUGCUGCUUCCGGUCGACCAAAUCAAACUCAGUCUUAUGGAACGUAUGUUGGAGUGGGCAGUGAGUGAUAACCGCGAGGCGUCGGCUGCCACAUUACCACAGCACACGGAGAACGCAGUGCGAUUGCUUCACAUAGUGCAAGACUUCCUGCAGGCGGAGGGCCUGGUGAAUCCGGGACUGUGGACGGAGAAGGUGCUGGAAGAGACUGUGACGCUGAUGGACAGUCUCAUGGUGUGGUACUCGGCUGGCACCCAGUGGUUCCAGCUCUCCCAGGUCGGACUCAGACUGCUGCUGGGCUUCAUGGCCCAGGAGGACCCGGAGGUGUGUGCUAUGGCCACCGCCAAGCUCAAUGGAAUCCUGCAGACCAAGGAGGUUACCAGCCAGGACGAGGCCUGCUACCUGCUAGGUAAGGUGGAGGGCAUCCUGCGGCGCUCCAUCCAGGAGCAAACGGAGGAGACGUACUCCUUCCUGGUUCCCCUGCUGCGAACGCUGCUCUCCAAAGUCCACCGUCUCCUCUACAUGGAACUGCACCUCCCCCAGCUCCCCGACACUAACGGCAGUCCGUCCUUCUUUGAGGACUUCCAGAUGUACUGCAACUCACCUGAGUGGCGCGUCUACCUCGACAAAUAUAUUAUCCCAUACAUGAAGCAGUAUGAAAUCGAAAUAUUCAGCCAGGGCCAUGAGACCAUGGCUCUCUACUGGAAGGAGUGCUAUGAGGCUUUUAUGGUCAGCCUGCAUAAAAGAGAGAGAGAGCGGGGUGAGAGCAAGAUCCGCUUCCAGGAACAAUUUGUGGAGCCUUUCUCGCGCCGAGGCCGCCAGGAGAACCUUCGCUAUAACAGCAUGUUGAAGCAGCAGCACAGCCAGAACAGUGCCACCCUCAGGCAGUGGAAGGCAGCACGCAGGGGUCUGGUGUGUGAGAGAGGACCCUGGGCGGACAGGCAACAGGACGAGAUGCACUGGAGGGUGUCCAGUGCUGAGAACUUUUCCCGCAUGAGGCUGAAGCUGGUCCGUAAUUACAACUUUGACCCGCACCGAGAGGCCAGCGCUCUGAGGGACAACCUGGGUGUCCAUCAGCAGCGCGUGAACCCAGAGUCUCUGCUGCUAGAGGCUGUGAAGCAGGUCAAAGUCAGCGACCUGGAAGAUGACAUCCUGGAGCUGCCGGAGGACGACCCUGCUGCUGCCAACAGCCAAGUUGAAGCAGAGGAGGCGGGACAGAAGGAGAAGCUGGUGCUGUGGGAGGACUGUGAGCUGGUGACGGUGGUGGACGUGGUGCCUGGCCGCCUGGAACUCACCACCCAGCACAUCUACUUCUACGACAGCAGUCAGGAGAAAGAGGAAGGAGUGGGCCACGACUUCAAAUGGCCCCUGUCUCAGAUUCGAGAGGUCCACCUGCGCCGUUAUAACCUGCGUCGCUCGGCCCUGGAGAUCUUCCUCAUCGACCAGACCAAUUACUUCCUCAACUUCAAGAAAGAGGCUAGGAACAAAGUCUAUAGCCGCAUGUUGUUGCUGCGAUCCCUGAGUCUUUACGGGACCCGCUCACCGCAGGAGCUCCUCAAAGCCUCUGGACUCACGCAGAAAUGGAUGAACCGCGAGAUCUCCAACUUUGACUACCUGAUGCAGCUGAACACGAUCGCAGGCAGAACGUACAACAACCUGGCUCAGUAUCCGGUGUUUCCCUGGAUUCUGGCAGACUACACUUCAGAGGAACUGGAUCUGUCAGAUCCUCGAGUGUUCCGGGACCUGUCCAAGCCGGUCGCCGUUCUAAAUGAACGCAACGCAAAGGCUGUUAGAGAGAAGUAUGAAAGUUUUGAGGAUCCGACGGGCACCAUUGACAGGUUCCAUUAUGGCACCCACUACUCAAACGCUGCAGGAGUGAUGCAUUACUUGAUCAGAGUGGAGCCCUUCACAUCUCUGCACAUCCAGCUGCAGAGUGGACGGUUUGACUGUGCUGACCGCCAGUUCCACUCCAUCCCUGCGACGUGGCAGACCCUCAUGGACAACCCCAAUGAUGUCAAAGAGCUCAUCCCAGAGUUCUUCUACUUCCCAGAAUUCCUUGAGAACCAAAAUGGCUUUGAUCUGGGUCGACUGCAGAUCUCCAAGGAAAGGGUUAAUGAUGUUGUUCUUCCCAAAUGGGCCAAGUCCCCUGAAGACUUUAUCUACAAGCACCGCAAAGCCUUGGAGUCGGAGUACGUUUCAGCUCACCUUCACGAGUGGAUCGAUCUGAUCUUUGGUUACAAGCAGAGGGGCCCUGCGGCGGUGGAGGCCCUCAAUGUCUUCUACUACUGCACGUAUGAGGGGGCGGUAGACCUCGACGCCAUCACCGAUGAAAAGGAGCGUAAAGCCCUCGAGGGCAUGAUCAGCAACUUCGGACAGACGCCCUGCCAGUUGCUCAAGGAGCCCCAUCCGGUGCGUCUGUCUCAGGAGGAAGUGGAGAAGAGGAAGGCUCAGCUAGACUCGUGUCCUCUCAACAUGUUCGAACACCUCAGCGACCUCAAGUCCUUCUUUGUCGAGGGCAUCAGUGACAACGUGCCGCUGGUCAAAGCCGUAGUGCCGAAGAAUCAGUCCCAUUCCUUCAUCACCCAGGGGAGCCCGGACACUAUGGUGACGGUUAGUCAGAACUUCCUGGUUGGGACCCAUGGGUGGCUGCCUUACAACAAGAACAUCUCCAACUACUUCACCUUCAUAAAAGACCCCACAGUAUCCAACACCAAGACCCAGCGUUUCCUGUCUGGUCCCUUUGCCCCCGGCGUGGAGGUGACGGCAGGGCUGUUCGUCGUCUCCCACGAUGGCAAGUUGCUCUUCAGCGGGGGCCACUGGGACAACAGCAUCCGGGUCACCUCCCUGGUCAAGAGCAAGACGGUGGGACAGCACAUCCGACACAUGGACGUCGUGACCUGCUUGUCAACAGACCACUGCGGCAUCCACCUGAUCUCCGGCUCCAGAGACACGACUUGCAUGGUGUGGCAGGUUGUUCAGCAGGGCGGAGCUCCUGCGGGUCUCUAUCCCAAACCAGUUCAGGUGUUGUAUGGACACACGGACGAAGUCGUCAGUGUCAGUAUCAGCACGGAGCUGGACAUGGCUGUGUCUGGAUCACGGGAUGGGACGGUGAUCAUCCACACAGUUCGUCGAGGUCAGUACACGCGCUGCUUGCGACCGCCCUGCGACAGCUCCCUGCCGCUCUCCAUCCUGCACCUGGCCGUGUCCUGGGAGGGUCACCUGCUUGUCCACACCUGCCUCGAGGGCAAAGCAACGCUCAAGGAUAAAAACGCUCUCCAUCUUUACUCAGUGAAUGGGAAGCAUCUGUGCAGCGAGCCUCUGAAGGAGCAGGUGACUGAUAUGUGUGUUUCGGGAGAGUAUGUGGUCAUUGGCAGCGAGCAGGGAUACCUGUCUAUCCGUGACCUCUACAGCCUGUCUCUUUGCACGGAGCCCAUGGCCAUGCGAGUGCCGGUGCGCUGCGUCUCGGUCACCAAGGAGCAGAGCCACGCGCUGGUGGGCCUGGAGGACGGAAAGCUGAUCAUCGUGGGCGUGGGCAAGCCGGCGGAGAUGCGUUUGGGCCAGAUAACGCGGAAGCUGUGGGGCUCCAGCAAGAGACUGACUCAGAUCUCGGGGGAGACGGUGUACAACAUCUAGCGCGACCACAGCCGACCCAUCCCAGUCCCAGACCCCCGACCCUCCACGCCCUUCCAUGCUCAGCCAUCCACAUUCCUGUCACCCAGUUCCUCUCCAUACCUGUCAGUCACCAAGCAGGUCGCUUCGGUCUGUGUGAACUCUCUUCAGCACCUUUCCACAGUUUAAUGGGUGGUGGGCAGCCGUUUUUGAGGUGCUAAAAUCAUAGAGCGUCACAAAGUCUGCACGUCCAUGUGUCUGUUUUGUUUUUGUUGGUACGCGCGUGUGUGUGUGUGUGUUCCUGCUUUGGAUUGACCGUAUGGCGCUGGCGCUGUGGUUCAAAUCCAGAAGUAGCGCCAGCCUCAGCACCACCACACCGCUACCCACCACUCCCAAACACCACACCGUGUAGCCUCUGACCUGCUUCAGUUUGACAGGAUUGGUCAGCUAACUGUUCAUCUAUUUUAUGUAUGUAUGUGUGUGUGCGUGAGUGUGCAUGUGCAGUGUAUUGCCAUGCUUUAUCUCAAAAUAUAGUUUCAAGUGGCCUUUUCGUCCCCCUCCCUUAGUUUGGCUUCGUCGCAGACAGGCGGGGCCUGUGCUCUGUAGGCCGACACUUCUGACGGUUGCCUCAAAGCUGCCGCACAGCAGCCUUAUGCAGUAAGACAGCUCCAUCACUCAUAAGACCAAACUCUCUGCCUUUCCUAUUUGUGAGUGUGAAUUUUCAUCUGUUGUUUUAUUGUGGAUUUUUUGAUCGUCUUUGCUGUUGUUUUUCUUUUUUUGUUUGAUUUCUGAUUUAUGCACAUGUCCUGCAACUUGUUCAUAUGCAUGCAGUCUUUGGUCCAAACGGAGAUCAGGAAACAGACGUAAUUAUGGAGAAUGUUUCCUUUACUUGUUUUGUUUUAGAAACAUCUUACACACGACAGAAGAUGGCGUCUGUACCGUCUGUCUUUGCUGGCAUUAAGAUGUAGAUUUCUAAAAAAUCCCCCCAAAAAAGUGCUUACAACAGGAAACACACACACUACACUCUGAAAUGCAAGAAACUUCCAUUUGAAGGUUUAUCACAACAGCACAGAGGAAAAAAGGACUUUAAAGUCACAUAGCGCCCUCUGUGCUUCGUGGAAUGUUUUUUAAGUUACUUGAAUCCAUGUUUAUUUAUAAGUAAGAGUAGCAGAUUUUGAACUCACACCAUGUCUAUUUAAAACAGACAGUAUGACGUGUUAUAAACUCCUGUGACUGUUGAGAGACGUGUAAAGAAAAAAAAAAAAAAAAAAGGAGAAGGAAGAAAUCCUUAAGGGCUUUAUAAGAUGUCAGUGUUAACAGCAAUACAGCUCCAUUGUCGGGUGGCUGUCAAUGCUUUCUUCCUGUUUGUCUGUCCCUUAUUGGUUGUUCAGCCAGCCUUCUAUCUCUAGUCUUCCUAUAGCUUAACCGGGAUAGUAAAUGCACCCCCCCCCCCCAACGCCUUCAGCUCUUAUCAUUUACUCAAAUUAUCGUCCUUUAUUGUUUAUACAUCUCAUUCUCCUUUGCGCUCAUUGUGAAGUGACUGAUUUCAGAGGCGUUUUCCUCGUAGGGGGCAUCAAGAAGGUUCACACGCCUUGUUUAGAUUUCUCGGAAGACGUGUUGUUUGUGCGUGUGAGUUCUGCAAUUUCUGAAAUCACAAAAAAGCCACAGAACGAAGCUCCUGUGGAUGAGACUGAUUUCUGUUUUUGCACCAUACCUGCGUGUUUGUGUGUGUGUGUGUGUGAGAGAGAGUGAGGACAUGCCAGUGAUGCAUGUUUAUUUUUUUAUAGUGGAAUUGUCGAUUUCCUCAUUCACGUUGAAAACGGUGUCUGUCGUUCUGUGAACUACAACGGCCCUUCGUUGUUGUGGCUUAGUCGUGUGUUCGGCAUCGGACGCAGGGUUGCUCUUGCGGUUCCCCUUUUUUUUCUAUGUAGUUUUUAUUUAAAUGUCACAGCGAGGUGGAGUGCAACGACCAAUCUGUGUCCUUCUUUAAGAGAUUUCUGUGAAAGGUGCAUAAAAUGUGUUUCGGUGCAGUGUCUUUUUUUUUUUUUUUCCAUCCUCAUUUGUCCCAAAAGACCACUGUUUGAGUUGUUUCAUAGCCGCAACAAACAGAGUGCCUUUAUCCCCGUGUGACUUUAACGUAGAGCUAAGUUUCCCUCAUUACCCGAGAUCAUUGUCCUUGAUGUUAAUGUGAGUGAAACGAAAGCAGCAUUCCAGAAGUUAAACCUCCACAGGAACCAAGAGUAUACUGUAGGACUUCAAGGCAAAAUCAAAAAGUACUAUUUUGUGUCUUAGCAACAUUCUCUGUGACUGUCACCAAAUGGAUGUGUGUAUAUCUGUGAUUAUUUAUGAAUACGGUAUAUAAUGUACAGCAUGAUUUUUAUUUCAGCGUAUUUGAAAUGUACUUUUGCACUUUCCAGGUACGAAAUUGUAACGAAUUGUUUUAACUAGGCUCCCUAAUCUGUACAAACUGCUUUGUAUACACAAGUGGAAAAUGAUCAUUAAAGUCUUGUCUGAAUUCAAAGGGG